AGCAGUGUUGGACUAUAAAGUACGUCGACGCGACAGGCAGUCGAUAGUAAAUAGACAUUUAAUCUACGCUUAUCACACUGCACAUCACAACAUGUGCUGCAUUUGCAGUCAAAGUGGGCGUACUAAAUAUCCACAUUGCAUCAGUGACCAUGAAUCUGUACGCGUUCAUAACACUCUCCGUCUUAAGUCUCGGCUUUUGCGAAGAAUGUCGCUUAAAUAUCCGAUCACCAGAAAUGGAACCUAAAAGGAAAUUGAAGAAAAAGCUAAAUAGCUACCCAGAGAUUUUGAAGCCCCCGACCAACAACGGCUCAAACAUAUUAGUUGUGACAAUGUACUACGUAGUGCAAUAUUAUAAUUUUGAUUCUGAAGAAGAAAUACUCACUUUAACCACCUUCAACAAAUUCUUCUGGCAAGACGGUAGAUUUACUUGGAAGCCUGAGGAUUACGAGCGUGUAAAGUGGUUUUAUGUUUCAAGGUUUGAUGUUUGGACUCCGAGGCUAAAGCUUGUCAAUACGGCAGACGCUGAUUCUGAAUUAUUCUUCACCAAAUGCGGUAUGAGCUACACAGGCUACAUAAGGUGCACCAAAGAGACAGAACACAAAGUCUUCUGCGUUUCUGACUUAACCAAUUGGCCUUAUGACACAAAGAGUUGCACGCUGCAGUUUGACCAGUGGAGACCUCAGGAAACCAAAUUGUUCUUCAACUUAAGUCAAAUCCAUUAUAGAACGAAUAGGUCGUAUUUAAAUGCUGGAUGGAUGAUCACUCGCAAAAAGGUUUUCAGGGAUUUGAACACAGGAAUCCAGCUUACCGUUAAGUUCCAUUUUGAAAGACUCGCAGAAGGCUUAGAAGCUAUUAUAUUGGUUCCAGCUUUUGUGCUAAGCGUGUUAACUGUGAUAGGUCUCCUGUUGGACUAUAGAGACAUGAACCGAUUAGGGAUUUUAAGUAUGACUAUAAUCAGCCAUUUCCUUUUCUCUAACGUAAUAGCUGACCACGUCCCUAAACAUAGUGCUAAUACUCCUGUCAUAUUAUCGUUCAUAAGCUGUUCUACUAUUAUAACUGUAAUUUGUUUUGUAUUAUCAUUUUUCUUUAAAUAUCUGGGAAAGAAGAAAACUCACCCACCUAUGUGGAUAAUUUCUUGUAAUGACUUUGUAUUAGAUGGUUAUGGCAAAUAUGGAGUAUUAACAAGAUGGGAAGUGACUGAACAAGAUCCGGAAAUGAAACAGAAUGUAGAGUGGGUUCACUUUAUUAGUAUUUCUAAUAGUGUCUGUAUAUUUGUAAUGGUAAUUACUUACAUUUACUUGCUGUCAGAGUAUAUCCCAAAAAAGCCAGUUCUCUCAUUCGUUUUUGAUAUAGCUUAAAGCAGUCUUAGUAACUUCGGUGUUUAGUAAAUAAUUUGACUAAGAAAAUAAUACAAAAGUAUGAAACGAAAUCCCAUAUUGGUAAAUGAUAUUGUGUUUUUUUACUAUCUAAAAUUCGUAUUUAUACCUACAAGUUUGGCCUUUGAAUAGAUACAUGUUUUUGCGAAAUAUAGUAGUUUGCAGUACAGCCUCCACUUGAUAUAGGUAUCAAAACGGACAGCGCUCACUCACAAAUAUAUGGAAAGACAACGCACUUUCAUGCAUGGCAUUAGAGAUGUAUUCCAAUAUUUAGGAGCACCUUGCUCGAUCUGAUAUAGUCA